UGGCAUCGACAAUAGACAAGCGCGGGGGACGUCCGCGCGCUGCCCACGCUAAAGAUGUCCUCCGUGUUCCCCUGUUCCCAUAAAUACGCGGCGGCCCAGCAUGUUCGACGAAGUGCGACGAACCUCCAAUACCUGGAGUUCGCAGCCCUCUCAGGGUCUCGUCAGCCCAUCUCUUCCAGGACCGUAGCGCAUCAUGCGUCCCGCCUCACUGACCUGGGCGACACUCGUCCUCGCGUCCCUGGCGGCUGCAGCGCCCUCCAUUAGCCGGCGUAACAACCUCGUCGUGCACGAGCGGCGCGCACAGGAGCCUCGCGACUGGGUGCUCACGCGGCGGCUCGAGCCGAGCGCGGUGCUCCCGAUGCGCUUCGGGCUCACGCAGAGCAACCUGGACAAGGUCGAGGAGAUGCUUAUGGCGGUGUCCCACCCGGAUUCGCCCACGUACGGGCAGCACUACUCGGUAAAGGAGGUCGUAGACACGUUUGCUCCCAGCGCGGAGACGGUCGAGCGUGUCGUGGAGUGGUUGACCGAGUCGGGGAUUGACACAGAGAGGCUGAGGCUGAGUAAGAGCAAGGGGUGGAUAGAGGUCGACACGACGGCCGAGGAGGCGGAGGCGCUGAUUGAUGCGGAAUACCAUGUGUAUACGCACGUCGAGACGGGGGCGCAGCAGAUCGGCUGCCACUCGUACUCCGUGCCCGAGGACAUCCGGGAGCACAUCGACUUGAUCAAGCCCACGGUGCACUUCCUGCACCGCGUGCCGACGCCGGACCAGGUGCAGACGGACAACCUGAUGCGGAAGCGCUCGCUCGAACGGCCGUCGACGCACAUCAAGCUAGGCUCGAAGGUGAAGGCGGACGGAACGAGCGUGAACUUGCCGCCCAGCUUAGAGAAUUGCGACGAGAUUAUCACGCUAGACUGCUUGAGGGCGCUGUACUCGAUUGAUAGGAAGCCGACGGAGACGAAGAAGAAUACAUUUGGUAUCCUUGAGUUUACGCCGCAGGCGUUCUUGCAGAGCGACUUAGAUAUGUUCUUCGCGAACUUCUCUCCCUCUCAAGUCGGCAAGAAGCCGACCCUUAUCUCGAUCGAUGGAGGUGUCGACCAGACGAACAUGACUGGGUUCGACUUCAACGGAGAGAGCGACCUCGAUCUGCAAUACGCGUUCGGCCUGACCGAUCCUCAGCCGAUCCUGCUUCUCCAGACUGGAGAUCUCGUUGAGGGGGCAUCGUUCAACAACUGGCUUGACGCUGUCGACGCGUCCUUUUGUACUUUCGAGGGCGGUGAUGACCCCAAUUUUGAUGGUAUUUACCCGGACACGCUCCCUGGGGGAUUUGACAAACCCGAGUCCUGUGGUAUUUUGAAGCCUCCGUUUGUUGUAUCGACUUCUUACGGUUCGGACGAGGCUUCCGUUACCCGUGCAUACGCACAACGCCAGUGCACCGAGUACGCCAAGCUCGGAUUGCUAGGCACGACAGUACUCUACAGUUCUGGUGACAAUGGCGUUGCCGGCAAUGGCGGAGUUUGUCUCGAUGGAAAUGGCAAUCCCGUUACCAACGGCACCGGGAUUCAGUUCAAUCCCGACUUCCCGGUCACCUGCCCAUUCGUCACGGGCGUCGGCGCGACGCAGGUCAAUCCCGGGUCGACUGUCAACGACCCGGAGGGCGCAUGUGAGCAGGUCAUCUUCAGCGGAGGAGGUUUCAGCAACUUCUUCGAGAUGCCCCAAUACCAGGCAGCGGCGGUAAAGAGCUUCCUGACUAACCACCCACCUCCUUUCUCUGGGGAGCAAUUCAACAACUCUGGAGUCGCUCGUGGUUUCCCCGACUUGUCUGCGAACGGGGCGAACUACGUUGUAGCUGUUGCCGGUGAAUUCGAGCUCGUCUUUGGGACCUCUUGUUCUUCUCCUGUCGUCGGUUCUAUGAUCACGUUGAUCAAUGACGCUCGUCUUGCUGCUGGAAAGGGCCCCGUCGGAUUUAUAAACCCUGCCAUUUAUACCGAAAAGUUCCAAGCUGCCUUCCACGAUAUUACAAUGGGCGGUAACCAGGGUUGCGGCACUCCUGGCUUUACUUCCACCGAAGGAUGGGACCCUGUCACUGGAGUAGGCACGCCCAACUUCAGCCGUCUUCUUCCUCUAUUCUUGGAGCUUCCCUAA